AUGUUUUACGGGGCUAGCGUCUGGGAUCCCUGGCUGAUCAUAGCACAGAUAGUCACAGUACAGUGCCUGUACUACCUCAGCUUUGGGCUCUUGCUCUACCUGCUGCUAGGCCCAUACGUGACACACCUUUCAUUCCAACAUGUCUUCGAUGAUGCCAGUAUGGAGUUGCACUCCUUCACUGGUUGGAUGGUGAUUCUCACGAAUGUCAUAAACUCCUUGGCAGCAGCCCUCAGCCUCAUGUUUGUGGUGGAGAGGGCAAAGAAGUGCUUGGACUUUGCAGCGACGUGCUACCUGUUGCACCUGGCGUUUGUGUCCAUAGUGGGAGGGUUCCCCACCACAGUCACAUGGUGGGCGGUCAAUAUCCUGUCGAUGACGAUUGCUGCGCUCCUUGGCGAGUGGCUGUGUGUCAGACGGGAGCUGCAGGACAUACCCAUAGGUGCGCCAUCUCUUUUGCUCUCACAUGACCAUGUGCAUUUGUUGAAUAUCAGAAGGAGGACCCAAGCUGGAGCCCACCUCACAAGGCUGGUUGAGCUGGCAAGGCAACGGGUUCUUAUCCAAACUAAAGAGAUAUUAGAUGCCAGAAGUAUAUUUCAAGAUAUCAAUGAAAUCAUCUGA